UCCCCAGAGUCAGGCUUAGCUUAGCUUAGCUCAGUUUAGCAUCGGGGGUUCUCUUGUGUUUGUCCAAACCAAAAACACAUACAUAUCUUUGUUUGGCCAGAGUCAUGGCGUCUGGUCACCGGAGACACUUCGCCGACCCACAUGUGCUUCUGAAGACGCAGUACAAUGGCACUUCCAACCACAUAUGCGACAUCUGCCGAUCCAAGCUGGCCGGCCUCAUGGGCUACCGCUGCAGCGCCUGCGACUUCGACAUCCAUGAGGCUUGCGCCGAUUACUUCAAGCAGACAAUCUCCUUCUUCGCGCACCCCUGGCACACCCUCACGCUAAGCCGCAUGCCCAGCUCCUGUGAUGGAUGGGUCUGCGACCUCUGCAUGGAGGGCUGUCCCCCGGGAGACUUGGUGUACCGCUGCACCGAUUGCCUCUUCGAUGUGCACCCUCUCUGCACCUUGCUCCCGCAGACCAUCCGUAGCCCUCUCCACCCACGGCAUGACCUUCGCCUGGUCCCUUCAGUCGGCACAUGCAAGUGCGGCUGCAAGGAAUUGUCCGUGUGGAACUACGUCUGCUCUUGUCCGUUCAAAGUAAACAUCGCGUGCGCCUCCGGCGCGCCCAGCAGUGGCCGCCAGAGCACUAACAGUGGUCACCAUGCCAGCGGCAGUCAUGUCUGCACCACCGCGCAGGUCAGUUAUGCAAGCCAAACUAGCAGCAGCAGCAGCCAGAGCCUUACCGUCAGACGGAGCCGUCGUUCCUCUGUCGCCAAGUUUCUUCUCAAGACAAGCUUUCAUGUCGCGGUCAACGCAGCAACCGGAGGCUUGGCAUCGCCGGUGCUCGAAGUCCUAUCGGCGGCCUUCAGUUGAUUGCCACCACGUCUUGAGGAUGAGGGGCUGGCUGGUCAUCGUCUCCCUCGGCGCUCACCUCCACCUGGCAUGCAAUUCACCUGUCGCUCCUUUGCCUUUCAACUUCUAAGUUUUUGAUUUGAGACUCUAUGCGAGCAUCGAGUGCAGUUCUGUAAUGUCUUUCUGUAUUCGGUUUUCCACUUUUCCUGUUCUUUUUUUUAAUGAAACUGGAGGGGCCGCAGCCCCUACACUCCUACAGAGAAAUUUAUUGAAAAUAAAGAGGAAGCUAUUUACAA